ACACUACAGUACACACAGUACGGGGUCGCAAACUCACAACUAAAGGGUCACAGGUUGAGCUGUCUACUAAUCCGUCCAUAUCAUACCCAGCAGGAAAGCAAGAUUGCAACCUCAUCACAUCAUCCCAUCACAAACGACAGACGCCAAUGGGCCAACAAGCACAGAAACACAAGUCGGUCGAAAGAAGCAGAGGUAAGCUUAAUGCUAUCCCGUUUACCACAGUCACAAUGUUUUUUUCUUUCACUCUCCCGAUGCCCUGUGCGCGCAGUAGCUUCCCCUGUUGCCCUCGCAUAUAUCCUUACAAACAAACGAGCGAAAUGUUCUACUCGGACCUCAUUUACCACCGUUCACGCCCGAAUCUCACAGUAUAUGUGAGCGGCAUGGGGUUGCGAUAAGAAUGGUUUGCGCUCCCGACAAAAGGACGCUUGAUGAGGUCCCUUCCCAAAGCCCAAAUUCUUCUCCGCUUUUACUUCAUCCUUAGUACCGUCCCUAUGGAGCCUAUAGUUUAUCUACCUGUGCUGACCCUCAGAUCUAUAGCACCGUCCUACUUCACGGCCGCCUUCCAUCCGAGCAAGUCCCGUGAAUAUCGCGAGCAUAGGCCCUCCAGCCACUCGAACAAUGCUGUCAUACGUUCGAUAGCCUGGAAUAAUCUCGGAAAUCGAAUUGCUUGUGGGCUCAACACAAACCUUGUUCGGGUUUGGAAUCCCGAGAAACCUGAAGCCAAAAACAGUACUGAGCUCAAGGGUCAUCUGAAAGAUGUCGAGAAGGUUGUCUGGGACCCAAUGCAUCCGGACAAACUGGCAAGUUGCUGUAACGGCCAGGUGAAAUUCUGGGAUUACAGGAUCAAUAGAUGUCUGGGAACCACGGUUACCGCAGGUGAUAAUGUGAACCUGGCAUAUCAUCCGGAUAGCAAGGUGCUUGCUGUUGGCACAAAGGAUGAUAGAAUCCAUUUUAUAGACCCACGGAAUGCCAGUGCAAUCCUCAAAACCCACAAAGAAGGCUCCCAGACUAACCAGGUGACAUUUUCUCAUAACGGCGAUUUUGUUCUCAUCACAACUAGUCUAGGCAAGGUUGUCCUUCGCCACUGGCCCUCCCUAGAGGAGGUGUAUAGUGUUGACGCACAUCACUCUGCCGUCAAUUGUUUACAGCUUGACCCCCGCGGAUCAACCCUAGCCAUCGGUGGUAGCGAUGCAGCUCUGAGUCUCUGGGACACAGCGCAUUGGGUUUGCCUCAGGACUUUGACAAGAAUGGAUGCGCCCAUUAAGAGCAUGGGUUACUCCUUCGAUGGUGCAUAUGUCUGUGCGAGCAGUGACGAGUCUACUAACAUUGAAAUUGUAUGUGUCCUGAAUUGCCCUCAAAGUAAUACUUUAGCUGACGGGUGUUUUGCAGGCCCAUUGUGA